UCUCUUCUCUUCUCUUCUCUUCUCUUCUCUUCUCUUCUCUUCUCUUACCUUUUCUUCUCUUCUCUUCUCUUACCUUUUCUUAUCCUCUCACCAGACUCCCUUUAUCAACAGCUCCGGAAAAACCGAGCCCUUUCACAUGAGCUCAGUUUAGCACUCAGUGAAUUCUAACCUCACAACAGAAUGAGAGAACACCAGGGCAUACACUGAAUAUGAAUAUGAAUAUGAACACAGUCUAUUGUUUGUGUUGCACACAGAGUAACCAAUAAUCUGUGAUGACAGAUAAUCCAUAAUUUCAUUAUUCUAUUAUUGUUAGUACUGUGGGUCUUAAACUUUUUCAUGUCAAGGUUAAAUAUAUAUUGUAAAAUGUGAGGAUUUAUGGUUUAUGGGUUGCAUCUGGAAGAGUGACAAAACCUAAAGCUUAAAUUUUAAAUGUGAAAAAACAUGGCAACCUGUUUCCUUUAAAUGGUGAAACGCCUCAACCUUUUCUAUGUAUUUUACGUAAAGGGAAAAGUUUACAUAGAGAGAGGAAAGUGCCUUCUGCAUCAUAUAACACACCUUUGAUCAUUACCAAAGGUGAGUUGUGUUGUAGGAGUAGACUGAAUUUACUAGUGUAAGUAGUUCUUCCAAAAUCAGAAAAAUAUUUCUAGAUUAAUUAUCGGAAUUAUACAGUUAUAAAACUAUCAGUCCAUGUUUAUCACAUUUAAAAAUGUGCCAUUUCUAAUCAACAUGCAAUGUACAACCCUCAGGUACACAAAUAUAAAUGUUUACUUUUUUUGCAACUUGCUAAAUUAUUCUAUAUUAUUUAAUUUUAAAGUGCCAAAUGCAGUGCAAAAAAAUUCACUUGCAUGAACAUACUUGUUGCGUCUUUAUUUAUUUAUUUGUUUGACACUGACAUAUAAACUUUUCUUUUAGCUCUUAAUAAAAUCGUAGUAAACGUUGUAGUCAGGGGUCUGUACCAUAGACUGUAUACAAGUGCUCGUUUUUAGAGACUUUUAAACAACUUCCGGUUCCGCCUCCGUGUGGAGGGUCAAAAGUGAUAAGAGAAUCCGUGUGAAAAUGGAAGGGGAUGCAGCUUCUCCAAACAUCUUGAGGGAAAGUAAAGCUGGAUAUAUCCUGAGUAAUGUUGCCGAGGUCGUGGAGAAGAUUUUGACAUUUGUGCCGACUAAAAAUCUCCUCCGGAUAGCAAGUGUGUGUAGGCUAUGGAUGAAUUGUGCACGCAGAGUCUUGAAGACACAGCAGAGACUGACCUGGCUCUCUGCCUCUGGCACAUCCAUAUACGAGGAACAUGUUUUGCUCAGAACUAUGGCAGAAGACUUGGAGAAGGUCUAUCUUCUGCCCCAGACAGCUCUCCUAAUGGUGGAUGGAGAAAACUUUAAUUGGCCUUUUAGUUACAGACAGAAAAAGGCCAGGAAGUGUGAGAAUGAAGUGGUGUCUGAUCCUGUCGAGAAGCUGAGACACUUACUGCCUAGAACUUGUGAUUUAGUAGGAAUUGUUGCAUCAGGAAUUGUUGUGACCCCCAGUGGUUCACCCAGCAGCCCCCCAGAAGAGCAUGAAGUGGGUGAAGCUGGCUUCAGUCUGCUUUUCCCAGCCAUGGAUGGGGUCACCAUCCGGCCUUUUCACUUCUGCAAAACGAGCCUCAGUGAAUCGGCAAUGGAGGAAGCAGGGUUGAUUAAUAACCCUGAUCUAAAGGUGGUGCUGAUGUUUGACUAUGAGACCUGGAAAGCUGGAGGGGGGCACUUUCUUAACAAGCUGCUGGAACCUCUUUCUCAAAAUAAUGUGCUUAUUAUUGGAGGACAAGUUGAGAGGGCCUUUUCCAACAACACAACCUGCUGUUCUCCAGGCUCUUUUGGUGCAGUAGGACUGACCUUCAGUGGCCCAAAGAUCCAGGGUGCCUCAGUGCUGGUGGACCAGGAUGUAAGCAGCCCAAAAGCAGCAGAGGCCACUAUCCAGCGGCUGAAGGCUGCUAAUAUCCCAGAGAGAAACACCAUGGGCUUUAUGUUUGCCUGUGUGGGCCGCGGCCACAACAGCUACAAUAACCAGCACAACGUGGAGGCCACUGCUUUCCGCAAGAUCUUCUCCAACAUUCCUCUCUUGGGAUUCUUUGGUAACGGGGAGAUCGGCUGCGACCGUAUUGUCAAAGAGAACUACACAUUGAGCGAGACAGAUGCUGAUGGACUACAGCACUCUUUUACCACAGUCAUGAGUCUGGUGCAUUUUGGUUAACACAAACUCCAAACCGAGACUGCAAAUGUUUAGGAAUCCCUCUUAUUAACUUGAUCUUUGAAGACAGACAGCAGCUGCUUAAGUUAACUGAGCAGGUCUGAUGGUGAUCAGGUAUAAAUCUCCUUGGCUUCUUUCCUUUUGACUUUUUUCCUUAAAACAGGAUGUCAAAAAACAGUUAGGGACUUCAACUCCGCCUACAGGUACAAUUUUGAGAGCAAGCUAACUCUGAUGUCUGAAAACACUGAAGUGUCCUCUUACACCUUGUUUGGAAAAGUCAUUACUCAUUGAACGAUUCUGAAGAACGAUUAGGAUUGAGUUUGAAUGGCAUGGUGCUAAACCUUGACCUUUGACUUCAGUUUUAAAUGUAAAACUUUUUUAUGUGUAGAGCAGAACUGAAAUCUGUCAACCGAUCUGGCCUUAUAUACAAAUGGUUUGGCAAAUUCAGGCACUUUUUAGCUAAUUGUGAUGGAAAGGCUAAUGAUGUAGCCGUUCAUCAACGUUGGUAUGGCUUCUAGGCCUCUUGCAGGAAUUCCUCUAUCUUCACUUCUGAUUUUACACACAGAUUUGUGCUCCAGAUUGAUCGCGUACCUAGAUUGACUGUCCAAAUUUUCAUGGCCAGUAGCAGGUGCUACAAAACUGCAGGAAGAGUAUUCACAAUGAAUGAAAAGCAGUUAUCUAUUUAGCACAACAAUCAACUUGCUAGCAGUUCUUAGUGCCUGUAAAGGACAGAAGUGGAAAAAGUAGGAUUUCUUUGUAAUAUUUCAGUGAAUUUCACUUCCAUUCCCAAUCAAAUUCCUGUAAAAAUCCAGUUUCAUUCCAGCAGGGUAAUCCUUCAUUUCUGUGCUAUCAGUUCAGUUGAGUUCUUAAAGGUUAAUAAUUUAUUCUGUGCACUUCACUUAGUUGUCAACAGAUAAGUGAAGUCUCAAAGGACUAUCUGUCUGUGUUGUGGAGAUAUACAGUAUAUUUGCUGCAGUAUUCAGAAGGUUGAUUUAAACUGUUGUUGCCAAAUCUUUUUUUCCCAACUUUAUUAAGAUCAAAUAUAGAUAAUACUUGGCUUUGCAUUAAGGAAAGUAAGUUUUACUACUGUCAUGUUUUUUAUGAUGGUGUAUUGUUUUUUUCUUCUUCAUAUGCCCCUGCUGCUGGGUCGUGCAGUUAUUGGCCCAUUAUGUCUGUAUGUAUAUAAUUAUGUAUAUAAUAAAAUCAGUGAUGUCACUAA